AUGGCGUGGAUAUUGGCCAGCACGACGGGGACCAUCGGACUCGUCUAUCUGGGCACCGGAUGUGGCGCCACCCACGACCCGAACUACCAGACCCUUGCCGGUGUCGGCGGCGACUGCUUUGGCGCCGACAAGAAGAAGGAAGGAGGCGGAGGCGGAGGAGGGGGUGGAGGCGGAGGCCCCAAAGCUCCCGAGGACAAGGGCGCCAAGGCCGCCACUGCCGAUCCCAACUACCAAACACUUGCUGGAGUCGGCGGCGACUGCUUCGGAGCUGAUAAGAAGGGAGCUGGAGGUGGCGGAGGAGGUGGAGGUGGCCCGAAGGCACCUGCCGACAAGGGCGCCAAGGCUGCGACGGCCGACCCGAACUACCAGACACUCGCUGGCGUCGGUGGCGACUGCUUCGGGGCGGACAAGAAGGGCGGAGGUGGAGGAGCGGCCAAGGGGCCCGUCGCCCCGGCCAACAAGGGCGCCAAGGCUGCCACCGCCGACCCGAACUACCAGACGUUGGCCGGCGUGGGCGGCGACUGUUUCGGAGCCGACAAGAAGAAGAAG